GGUACUCCAUUUCCUAAGAACUUCCUCCAGGUGGUGAAAAAGAUCCUCUCCCGUCUCUUCCGCGUCUUUGUCCACGUCUACAUCCACCACUUUGAUCGUAUCGCCCAAAUGGGCUCGGAAGCCCACGUGAAUACAUGCUACAAGCACUUCUACUAUUUUGUAAAACAGUUCAAUCUCAUAGACAACAAGGAAUUGGAGCCUCUGGUGAGUGGAGGGUCGGGGCUGCUUUUGCUGGCUUGGGGAGUCUUGGUUCAGAUACCUGCUUGACAGGUAUUUUGUGGGAUGGAAGGCUCUCCGCCCUGAGCUCCCCAGAUAUUGCACACUUUCAGCAGUUCCUUCUUCAGGUUUCACCCUAGAACAGAGGGAUUUGACAACCUUGGAAGAGUUUGGUCGUUUUUAAGAGAAAAAAGGGUGCGCUUGUAUUUAAUGAAGAGCCACAAAAUUCAUUAGGGCGUGUUAUUCUUAAAGCCUGGUAUUUAAUUUAUUUAAUCUCCCAUUUCUUAAUGGCUUACAAUAAAACAAUAAAAACAUAUCUUAAAUAACCAUUAAAAAAUAAGGAAGAUUACAAAUAAAUAAGACGAGAGAACAGUGUUUUUUUUAAUGAAUGUCAAAAGAAUAUAUUGUACUAUUCCCUUUCAUUACUCUGAUGCAUAAAGUGCAUGUCAUCAACUUGAGGUUUUAUUUACUUAUUAUUAUGGCAAUUAGGAUUAGAUAUUUAACCAAGUUGUAUAAACAUUAAUAUCGCUGCAGAAAAAAAAGAGAAACAAGAAUAUA